AUGGCCAUCCCAGGUCAACGGUUUGAAUUAGAUCUCGACGCAGAUGAAUUUACAAUCAGGCCAGUUGACGUUGACGUUGACGAUGACCAACGGACACUCCCGACGCGGCCUCCUGGCUUCAGCAUCAAGGAGAUCCAAGAGCACGAUUCGGACUCUGUUCCUUCUGCCCCGUCGCUGAAAUCCUCCAAAGCUGGAUUCCCCGAGCACAAACCACGCCGCAACGUGUCUGCUUUCAAACAAAGACAGCAGGCUGGAAAGGCGCCAUCUCGUUCCUCCCUCCCUACCACAGUCGAACCCUCAGACCAAGCCAUCAGACAUCAUGUGGGCAAGAAGUAUGGGAUCGACAUGGACCAGCAGCAGAAGGCCGAUAUCAGCGAGGAGAACAAGAGGCGGAUAGCACAAAUGUCGAUAGAGGACAUUGAGGAGGCUCGAGCCGAGCUAACACAAAAUCUCAACCCUGCUUUUUUGGAGCGGCUACUCAAACGUGCUAAUAUUGAGGAAGAUCAAGCCAAUCAAAAGCUUUGGCCUGAGGGCGAUGCGGAAGGGGAAGAUGAUAGCCGAAGAUCUAGACAUAACGCCGUGACUGAGAUGCCCAUAGACGAAGAUAUUGUGGAACCUGAAAGAUCCGCAGCGCCGCCUCCUCCCUCGACACAUUUUCCCGUCCCUCCUCGGUCAGCAAACGACUAUGUACCUCUAAACACUGACGGCGCCUCCUUCCUCGCCGAUCUCAAAACACAUUACUUUCCAGACACUCCCCACGACCCGUCAUCGUUGAGCUGGCUACAGGACCCGACCGAGGAGGAGGACCAAGCGUCAUUGUAUAACCCUGAAAACGAAUCAUAUCUAGCUUCUGCCCUCCGCUUCGGAUUCAACGGCCGUCUGAUCCCGCCAAAGGAGAGUUUGGAGCUCGACGUGAAAGAAGGGCUACACCAUCACGGUGAUGCGCCGAGCAGCGCCGGAUACACUAUACCAGAGCUCGCAUUGCUUGCACGAUCGACCUUGCCGAACCAGCGAUGCAUGGCUUAUCAAACACUAGGUAGGAUCCUGUACAGACUGGGGAGGGGGAAUUUUGGCGCCAGAGGCAGCGAACUCCAGGAAGCGCUCUGGUCGGUGAUUGAGAAAGAGAGGCCGAUAGAGGUCAUGAUGAGCGAGGCCAACCGUCAGUCGGGACAUGCCAGUGCCAAAGCGCUUGCGGUCGAAGCGCUGUGGUUGUGGAGAAAAGGUGGCGGUGGUGAUCGGGGGGUUUUGAAGCCCGGUCAGCGGCUGGCAAAAUGA